AUGCAAAGCCGAUUCUCCACUAGACGCCUUGCCGACCUCAAAGCACUCAACAUCAUACUUGCAUGCAUUCCCACCUCCCUCAAACGAGAGAUCCGCCCUACCACCUCUGCAGCCCUUUGGAAAGACCUUACCACUCGCUUCGACCGACAAGAUCUCGACUCUCUUCUCGCACUAUACCGCGACUUCCAGGCAAUUUCUCUUGAAGCCUCUCCGAAUGCUGCCACAUUCACUCGCCGCCUCACUGACGCCGCUCGCCGCCUCACUGACCGCGACAUCACUAUCACCGAUUCCCUCCUCAUGGCUCGCAUUCUUGACGACCUCCCCACUGCCUACACCACUCACAAAAUCGCAUUCACUACUGCUCGCACCGGCACUCCCUCCUCUGAUGCUAUCUCCUGGCUACUUGACGCCGAAGUCGACCUCUUCCACUCCUCCUCCCCCCUCACUGCUGCUCUUGUGCGUGGAGGUGGAAGUGGCCGUGGCACUCCUAGCAGCGGCUUUGGCGGAGGAUGCGGUGCGGGACGUGGUGGUCGUGGUGGAGGCGGUCGCUCCACUCCUCGCCAAGGUGGUGGCCGUGGUGCUGGUCGCGGUGGUGCCUCUGGACUCGGCACCCUCUCCCCAUGUCAAUAUCUCAUUCGCUACGGCUUGCUCAAAGGCCAGCGCUGUCUUCAAACGACUCACACCACAGCCACCUGCUUCAAGGCACUCACCGAUGAAUGGUUUGAACGUGCCCCCCUCUAUCUCUCAGGUCCUUCCCACCUCCCCAAUUCCUCCUCCACACACCCUCCCCACCCCAUACCCCCCUUUUCCCCCUCCCCUCGCAUCCCUUGUUUUUCCCCAACCCCCUCCCUCCACCCCUUGGUACCCUUCACAAUAACCCCCCCUACCCCGGCUACCCCCCGGCCCCUCCCCCUCCCACUCCACCCACUGACCCACCCAAGGUGA